AGCACGUACCGCUUGUGUCUUUCUUUUUUUCGGUCAGACGCCCAAGUCAGGCACCAAGGCUAAAUGCAUUCCAUCAUAAAAGCCCCAUACGGACAACCGACAAUAGACUCGACAACAACAGGCUCGCGCAAUCGAACAUCACUUUGAGUUUGGCCCCCCUUGACACUCAAAACUUGUAAAGCGAGUGUCCUCAACAGAGGAACAGAGAAGCUUCGGAGUUUGCGAUGCCUACUAUUGGUGCGGAUGCUCUCAACGGCACGAAGGAAUACAUCAAGGGAGAACACACCUUUACGGUUGGCGACCAAACAUCGGUAAUCGCAACCGGGAUGCUGAUUAUGAUCUUCCCAGCCGGCGAGGUUCAAGCCUGCUGGCACGGGAAGAUCACGGGGGCGACGGGGCAACCUGUGUCACGGGGAUACAGAGUUCGAGUGUACAAUGCGGAUGUGGAAUUCAAGUAGUGGACAGUAGCAUUACAGGUAGCUUUGGUCUUAUAACAAGC